CACACAGGGGCGCCGCUGAGGCUAGGCCUUGGAGUCUGCGGAUUUUCCGCUUGCAUCUAUCCGCAGACACAAAGGCCAGUCCUGGCGUGCGCGGGAGAGCGCGCUCGCACCCACGACUGUGAGCACACACGCACAACUGCACAAAGACGUGCUACCUCUGCGCGCGCGCGCGUACACAUACACUCACACACACAUACACUCACACACACACACAUCUCUCCACCCCCAACCCUCUCGACAGGCUCUCGCGCACAGCCGUGCACACGCACCAGCACUGGCACGCGCUUGCGUGUACGCGCUCUCGUGGACCAGCCGCGGCCGGCCACCCAGUCCUCACUCUCUGGGCGCGCAUUCGCAGAGCCGCGCACGAAGCCACACACGCGCGCUCACACCCGCACGCUCCACGCCCCUGGCGGCGGCCGGGGCGCUGUGCUGCUCCAGCGACGGGCGGGGACCCGGGCGGGGGCGGCGGCGGCGACAGCGGAGGAGGCGGAGCGGGGUAGCCGGGAGCGGGCUGGCCCGCGCUUCUCCUGGCGGCCGGGGAUUUUCCAGCCUGGACGCUGACGCCGCGGACCUCCCUGCGGCCGCCGCGGACCAUGGGCGACAAAGGGACACGAGUGUUCAAGAAGGCAAGUCCCAACGGAAAGCUCACUGUCUACCUGGGAAAGCGGGACUUCGUGGACCACAUUGACCUCGUGGACCCCGUGGAUGGUGUGGUCCUGGUGGAUCCUGAGUAUCUCAAAGAAAGGAGAGUCUACGUGACGCUGACCUGCGCCUUCCGGUAUGGCCGGGAAGACCUGGAUGUCUUGGGUCUGACUUUUCGCAAAGACCUGUUUGUGGCCAAUGUGCAGUCCUUCCCUCCGGCCCCCGAGGACAAGAAGCCGUUGACUCGGCUCCAGGAGCGACUCAUCAAGAAGCUGGGCGAGCAUGCCUACCCCUUCACCUUUGAGAUCCCGCCAAACCUUCCAUGCUCAGUCACAUUGCAGCCUGGGCCUGAGGACACAGGGAAGGCCUGUGGUGUGGAUUAUGAAGUCAAAGCCUUCUGUGCUGAGAACCUGGAGGAGAAGAUCCACAAAAGGAAUUCUGUGCGGCUAGUCAUCCGGAAGGUUCAGUAUGCCCCUGAGAGGCCUGGCCCUCAGCCCACGGCUGAGACCACCAGACAAUUCCUUAUGUCGGACAAGCCCCUGCACCUUGAGGCAUCUCUGGAUAAGGAGAUCUAUUACCACGGAGAACCCAUCAGCGUCAAUGUCCACGUCACCAACAACACCAACAAGACUGUGAAGAAGAUCAAGAUCUCUGUGCGCCAGUAUGCAGACAUCUGUCUCUUCAACACAGCUCAGUACAAGUGCCCAGUGGCCAUGGAGGAAGCUGAUGACAAUGUGGCACCCAGCUCAACAUUCUGCAAGGUCUACACACUGACUCCCUUCCUGGCCAACAACCGAGAGAAGCGGGGACUCGCCCUCGACGGGAAGCUCAAACACGAAGACACGAAUCUGGCUUCCAGCACUCUGUUGCGGGAAGGUGCCAACCGGGAAAUCCUGGGUAUCAUCGUUUCCUACAAAGUCAAAGUGAAGCUGGUGGUGUCCCGGGGCGGCCUGUUGGGAGACCUUGCAUCCAGUGAUGUGGCCGUGGAACUGCCUUUUACCUUAAUGCACCCCAAGCCUAAAGAGGAGCCCCCACAUCGGGAAGUUCCAGAGAGCGAGACUCCAGUAGACACCAAUCUCAUAGAGCUUGACACCAAUGAUGACGACAUUGUAUUUGAGGACUUUGCUCGCCAGAGGCUGAAAGGCAUGAAGGAUGACAAGGACGAAGAAGAUGACGGCACCGGCUCUCCGCACCUCAACAACAGAUAGACUGGGGCCAGCCUCAGCCCGGCAGCUCCAGGUUCACUCUCGCACUCGGAUGCUUUCUCGUCUCCUUCCCAUUCUGGUUCUUCCUUUUGUUCUUCCAGUUUCUACCAAGGGGCCCCAGUGGUCUUCCAAGCCUCGGUGAUGAGCCUUUGGUCUCAGAACUGGCCUACAUCACCACGCCAGCAGGACCACGUCCUCAGCCAUCUCUCUGCAAUCACCUGCCCACCCCCUUUUCAUGCUCAUUCCCAGGGAGGCCACACCACCUGGCCUUGGGAUUUGGCUCGAGGUGGGGAGCAGAAAGGGGAUGGUGGGGCUGAAGGCACAAUGAUGAUGGAUGUGAAGAUGUAGAGCGGGUGGGCAAGAUGGCUCAAGACACCCAAGAAGACGUCUGUAGUCCCAGUAUGUGACAGUUUUGGCAGCUAAAAGAUGACUGUAUUGAAGAUGGAAGAGGGCAGGACUAUGAAUAGAUUCUCAAUGCUUUUUUUUUUUUGUGGUCCAGGCCCACCAGAGACUCCUCCCCCUCCCUCAUCAUUGGUCCAUGUCCCUGUGUCUCAUGGGGAGGCACACAGACCCUAGGAGUGAAGAGCAAUGGACUGACUUUCUAACCAGUCGACACCUCAAUUGAGGCAGGCUACAGAUCCAGCCAUACAUAUGUCAGAACUGAUAGAAUGAGAUAUCACAGCUUCAUUGCAUUUUUGUGUGUGGGCACAGAGAGGGGAAGUGGGUGUUUAGUAAACACCAGCCCCUAGCAGUGAGCCAAAGCUACUGAGGAUGUUUUCUGAGGGGAGUUUAAGAGAUGGGGCCGAGUAGGGAAGCAUCCAUCCUCCUCUUUUGUAGUGGAUAGUCCUACUGGAAGCAAGGAUGGAGGGACACAGACAGUUGGAGCCACCAGUAUCUCCCAGCUUCCUCUAGUGUGCUUCUCCAGUGACUGGCCCUGUGAGAAAGAAGAGAGAAAGAGAGGUGCCUGAGGUCACUAUUCCCACUGUUAAGGGAUCCCAUUCCCAGAAGGUGGCAUCCAUACAGAUGUUUCCAGUAGGAAGGCAGCUCCUCUCCUAAAGGAGUUGGUCCUAUUAGUACCCAGAGUCAUGGGUACCCGGUUUCCAUCAGCUGGUGUUAGUAUGACUUGACCGGGGUGAAUCUCAGGGUAACAGGGCAGACAAGUGGUAAAACAGAAAGUGCUCAAAGAUAUCCUUGUUUGGUCUUCCAUGCUAGCUUGUUGUGUGACCUAGGGCCAGUUCCCUCCCCUCUUAGGGCCUCAGUUUCUUGUUGGAAAGCCAAGAGGUUGACCAGAUGAUUCCAAGAGUUUCUUGUUCAAGUUUCUAUAAGUGUGUGGUUCUCAAGAGCUUUUGAUCUUCCAGUUGGAGCUGGGGCUGCCAACUGUUCCAUUUGCCUGUGGAGGAGGGUCAUGGUACCUUAGAGGACCCAGGGCAGGGCAGGCAGGGCAGGGCAGAUCACUGAACACACCUUCCUGCCUAGGCAGGGCUGCUCUUGGACCUUCUCUGCUUUAUCUGAUGUCAAUUGUGGUCACAGCCUUUGUGAACUUCUCUAUCCCAGAGCUUCUAUUUGCUGAGGCUUGCAUGAGAAGUAUGUGGACAACCUUGGGUUUCUCAAAUAUAUUGAUUAGUAGCAGGGAUCUCAUCUUGAUUUCUGUUCCCUUUCUCUUAGUUCUGUACUUGCCUGAGAAGGGAGACAACAGCUUUUGUUUGGUUUUGAGACAACAUAUCAUGUAGUUUAGGCUAGCCAUGAAUUCACUACACAGCUGAGAAUUACAUUGAAUUCCUGACCCUCUUUUCUCAAGUGCUGGGAUUGCAGGCAUGCCUCUGCUACUGCUGGUGGCACGCUUUAUUGUACAGAUUAGAUCCCAGCCUUUCUUAGUCCAUCAUGCUCAGUGAUUGCUAUUAUUCCUGGUGAAAUGGUCCAGGCCCACUGGCCCUGAACCUCUUAAAUCUCAUAAACAGUCAACUCAAGGCACCUCUUUCCAGAUUAGAAUAGCCAUUGUGGGGCGGCCAUAUUGCCUGGCCAGCUCUGGGAUCAUAACUGCAGGUUCCCCUGGCAUCCAGCCCCUGCCAGAGCUAGCUGGAUACGUUUGCACCUAUAGAGUUGAUUAAACUCUUGAACAGUGCAAGGCAAGCACGUGCCCUCCACUGGCUUCCAUUAAAUCCUUUGGAGCUGAUACAAGACCCUUUAGCAUUUGGGCUAACCUCUCCUGUCCCCCAUCCUCAACUUAGACAAGCGUAAGGUCUCCCAGUCUGGUUUCUUGAGCUUCCCACACUUCAGCAUCCCCACUCACUCUUUGGGUUUGUCCCACCCAUCAACUAAGAUUUCUCUGCCUGCAGGGAAGCGUCAGAGCCCUGGCUUCCUCUUUGUGUUUUGAGCCAGGGCUGCCUAAGGGCAAUGAUCAAGUUGGAGUCUAGCCAGACCAUCCUUUGAUGACAGCUUUGUUCUCUUAUGCUGAAUACUCUAAGAUGCAUCUCACCUUAGAAUCCCUGUCUAUAGAAACCUUCUGGCCAGGGGAAAGUUAGAAGAGGUCAUUGACGGUUCUGGCUACAGCUAGUCCACACUGUGCCUUGAUGUAAGUUUGAAUACAGUGUCCAUUCUAGGUGGAUUCAAACCCUGGAAACGACACUGCAGGGGGCUGGAAUUCGGUGUCAUUUGCCCCUACUCCACAGUCAUACUCUGCCAUACUGUGUAAGAUGCACAGGCUCAUGCAUUUCUUUGGCCUAUUGUCUGCUGCAGACACCAUGCCCCAUCCCCAUCCCCUGACACAACCCAGCACUUCUCUAUAGGGCUCUUCUUCUGGAGUGUUCCUGGCCAGGCAGCACCUGGGAGUGAAACUGGAGGUGGAGGAGCCUCAUGGGGUUCCAGGCACCAUCCAGUGAGACUGGGUUUUCUUGUGCUGACAGACCGGGACUUGGGCCACCAAACAACCCACAGUGGGACUUUCCAGUAGACCAAAGGGCACAUGUUAAUGCCAGUCUGGGCAAGAAGAGCAUGCUUUGAUAAAAGUUCAUCAGUUGAGGGUUGACCGGACUUGCCCAGUACUCCAGCCAAGAGAAGAAUUCAUCUCCUAGAAAGACAAGAAUUGAGUUGCUUGACUGGACCCCAUGGCCAUUUCAGCUUCAAAGAGCAACUGGCUUCCCCUGGAGGGUGGGUGACAACCUGAUUCCCAUCUGAUGCAGGGAAAGGGACUGUGUCCUGAAAGUCCCCAAGGCCACCUCUCAGUCCCUCCUAACUGGAACAAUAGCCUUUGUCUGCUUUAUCUGAGGGCUUGCUGUGGGUGUGAAAUGAGAUGGGAACCAGGAGCUAGUAUUUUGUAGGUCAGUCAGCUGCAUGGGUGUGGCCCUGUCACUGCAGGGAUGAGGCCUGAGGUCACACAGGAAGCUUGCUGUGGAAUGAGCCUUCUGUUUGCCAGUCUCUGUCCUGAUGUCCCCGGUUAGAUAUCAGCCAGGAUGAUAAUCAGCCAUUGUGGCUUUGAUCACACUAGGGAAGAAGUGUAGGUGCUAUUGUCCUAGGAUGGGCCCCAACAACCUGGACACAGAAGACACAGAUGUUGUCAGUGAUUCAGGGGCAGGGAGGAGCAUUUGAGCCUGGACUCAUCUCCCAGAAGCCCACAGAAGUCAAGAAACCUGGGCUCUGACCACAGGUCAGGGAGUUGAACUCAGUAUUGUGACCACCCAAGAAAUCCAAGGGUGAGCGGAAAUAGCUGUUGCCUCUUCUAAGUGUAAGGUCCCAUCCUGGGUCAAAAGAACCACCACAGCUCCUUGGAGACCGUUGGGAAUGUCCAGCCCUCUUGCUUUGAGAGCUGAGCCCUAGCCGAUCCACUCACAGAAGCUUCCAUGUCCUGGGGGGUGGGGUGGGGGGCAGCUCUUUCCCACCAAUGGUUACGGCCUGUAUGUGCGGCUUGCAGCCCUUGGUGAAGGGCUGGGAUCCAACCUUUAACUCCCAGGACACAAACUUGGGUCUGUUCUGAUAUUUCCUCUUUUUUAAACUUAAGGACCAAAUGAGAUUUCUCUGAUUUUUAUCCACACAGCCUGUCUUGGGCCUGGUCCAGGCAGCUCCAUAACUUCUGCCCACCUCCUGGCCUGAAGCAGCCUCCUGAUGGGGGUGGAUCUACACCUCUGCCACCCCAACCCAUGCACACUAGCACCUCCCUCAAUAUCACCAACUUGUCACCCCCAAAUGGGAGGUCAACGCUGAAGCACAGGUCCCUGGGACCCACGGUCUACAGACCAGGCACAUCUCUCAGUGUUCUGCACAGCCUCUCUGAGGGCUGCUUCCAGGGGAAACUGAGGAAAGGUGGGGAGGGUGAGUCUCCAGCCCUCCCCUCAUUCCUACUUUCUCCAGAGUAACUCCUUUUAACUCUCUUGUUUAUUGAGGUUUCACUUUUAAAUUCUUUGAAGAAAAACUUCAAACCACCAUUUUGUGGUUUGAUUUUAGACCAGCAAGCACAGGCUCUCUUGGUUCUGUGUGUUGGGGUGAUUCCAGCAUCCUCACACAGAGAUACUUAUUGUUAGGACUCAGGUCACCUGGCCCAAGCAUUAGAACAUACACUGGUUUCCUAGUUGACCCACCCUGCACUUUGGGAAUGAGUGUGAUGUGAGCUGGGCCUGGUGCUCGGUGAAGGGAGGGGUUUUGUCCUGACAGUGCAUGUGCUGAGUGGGACCAUGGAGUGAGGAGCCAGGCCCAGUGUCCUCCCGAGACGCAUUCUCAGGGCAAUGGGAGGAGAACCCGGGGCUGGCUUCAUUAUGCACAGCCAAGGAGUGGAGAGCCUGGGUCGUGUAAGAGAUGCACCACCAGGGAGGGCGUUUAUGAAGCAGGGUUCCUGGGAGGCAUCUUAAGCAAGUCUUCCUCCAGUGAAUCUCCUAGGAUUCCACUCCUACCCCUGUGGGUGUCCAUGUGCACAACAGCAGGCUUUUGUGCCCAAAGAGAGGCUGGCUCCCCUUCUGCAGUCCACCAGUUUCUCUGCUGGCCUGCGGUGUCAUGGGGAUUCACUUGCAGGACAGUUUAUUGGUGAAACUUGGGCUAGCCUUUGGCAAAAAGUCCAGCCUGGGCUCACUUAGGGCAUUCUAGAUGAGCUGAAGCUCAGGGCAUUGUCAAUCACAUGGCACAGGGGAAAGGAUGCCAACUGGUGUUUUAUUCAGUCCAAGCGUGGCCUAGGAGACCCCACUGACCUCAGGUUCCCCAUGUGUAAAGGGCUAGUGCCAGGCUCCGCCUACUUCACAGGGACUACUGAAAGGGAUGUGCGGGUGGUGGGUAAGAAGCAGCGGUGGGCAUCUCUGCUCAGUGUUAGGCCCAGUCACAGCUGCUGCAGGGCUGCCUCUUCCGACUGGUGGGAGCUGAUGUGUCUGGGUGUGGUGUCGAGGGGUGGCUGGGGCGGCCUCAGGCCUGUGACCCUCUGUGAAGUGAUGAUUUGUGUGGCACAUUCAUUCCUGGACCACGUCCAGGUUAACCUGUCGUACCUGUGGCUGCCCUUGUCCCGUGAAGUCAUUAUAGUUUAUUCAGCUGCAACGGGACAAAUGAGCAAAAGAACCUUGAACGAAAGGCCAUUAAAGGCCUUUUGUGAUGGAGGA